CACUCUCAGACAGAAGCAGAGCCACGUUUAACCAUCAGGGGAACAAACUCCCAGACGGACUUGGACAGAGUGAGAAUGUGACUCAGGUUGUUUUAAUUCUGAAUCCAUUAUCCUUCCUGCGAUGGGGGUGAACCCUGCGUGUUUGUCCGCGGGGACGCUCACUGUUGUUGGGUUGUGGUUGUCGUCAGGCCUCGUGUCUCUUCCUCUGCCCGCUGAACUGUCUUUAGCUGCUAGCAUUAGCCGCACUGGAAAACAAGCUAGCAAACAGGUAGUUCCACGAUGCGGUUGUGAGGUGACAGUAUGGCAGGCUCAUUCAUAAAGCCUGACUGACACUGACCACGCUCAUCUCUCUAAGAUUAGACGCUGGUUAGUUAGUUUUUUUGACGAAUUCACACUGUUUAUUUCCCCCAAUGGAUUCAAGGGUGCAAUAUCAACUUUGACCACUCGCAUUUUCGGGUGUAAAUUAGGGGGGCGCUGUUUCAGUCAUUACAGGAAAACAUAACCAACUCACUGAGAAAGGGCCCAGGCUUGUUGCUAAAGGAGACUUGGGAGUUCUAGAUGAAGAAGCUACAGGAAAUCAAGGAUGAUGCUGCCAUUUUUCAAAGCCUGGGUAAAUGUCAGAGCAAGCUGCUGCUCUUCCCAGACCACGCCGUGGGAGACAGACCAACCUCAUCGCCGUGGCAACCCUCUGUUCUGGCUCAAAGAAAGAGGCAAGGGUGGAGAAGAAAGGAACUUCUAUGCCUCUGAACCCCCACUAGUUUCCUCAUCCCCCCUCGUCCUUGUGCAUUGUAGCCCAGGCAUGAACCAUGUGGCCAAGCUCCCAGGCUUCACUGUGACUGGAGAAGAGCAAGACAGGAGGGCUGCAGUAGCUAAGCAGCGAAGAGUGUUUGUGUUGAGGAGAAAGCAGAAGCAGAGGAGAGGUGUAAGUCAGAGCCUGCAAGUAAACAACCUGCAGUAGCUACAACGAAGGAGUGAGAGAAGGGGGAGUCCCAUUGGCAUUCUUUAACAUCUCCGUGGCUCACUUGUGUUCAGAGAGCCAUCUGUAGAUCAGGAAGACAAAAAGACGCUCCUGAGCCUUGGCGUCACUCAACAGGAUUGUCGGAGGUUAGGUGUCCGUGGUGAAAUGGACUUCUUGUCAGCGUGGAUUGUGUCUCCUUCAGCUCUACCUUUUCUCUGUCUCAUCUGGGGCAUGCGGGCCCAGCAGGCCUUCAGGACUGAGCCCAGGAACCUCACUGUGCGGAUGGGAGCCACAGCUGUGUUGAGGUGUGAGGUGCUCCGGGCCUCAGGGACUGUGCAGUGGGUGAAAGAUGGCCUCCUCCUGGGACCUCAGAGAAGCCUGCCAGGCUUUCCACACUACAGCAUGAUUGGAAACCCCAAGAGAGGGCAGUAUCAUCUUCAGAUUGAAAAGGCCCAACUGGAAGACGACGCCCCCUAUGAAUGUCAAGCGGGCCAGUCUGAGAGCAGUCGAGCAAUUGUCUCCAGUAAAGCCUGGGUCAACGUAUUAAUUCCUCCAUCGAGCCCAUACUUUGAGUUGGACAUGGCAACACCAUGGGUCGCAGGGAAGAAGUACACCGUCACCUGUGUUGCCCCCGAGGCAAAGCCCAUGGCUGAAAUCUCACUUUAUAAAGACGGAGUCGAGCUGACAGGUGCAGAGUCUUUCACCAUGUCUGGCUCAAAGGAUAAGCUCCUGAACACGCAUGCUGAAGUAACAGUCACCGCUCUGGGAUCUGACAACGGGAGGCAGCUGACAUGUCGCGCCAAGAACUCCCCUCUUUUCCAGACCGUGGAGACCACGUUAACCAUGAGUGUGUACUUUGAACCUGCUGAAGUGAUUCUUUUGGGUUCAUUCACGGCUGUUGAAGGACAGGAGCUGAACGUGGGCUGCUUCGCCUCCUCCAGUAAUCCCCUGGUCCAGAUUCGUUGGUGGCUUGGCUACAAGGAGCUCAACAACACUGUUGUCACUAUGGAAGAGGGAGUCAAUGGUGGGAUGACAACCAUGUCCAACAUGACCCACCAGGUCUCCAGGGAGGAGGAUGGGCUCAAGCUCACCUGUGAGGCCUUCAACAAGGGCACUUACUUCUCCAAGACCCAGAUGACCAAACUCACUGUGUACUAUCCCCCUCAGAAGGUUUGGCUUGAUGCACCUCCCCAAGAUGUCCCCCUUCAUGCAGGCACCAAAAUUCGUCUCACCUGCUUCUCCACUGGAGGGAAUCCCACUGGGGCUCUGACCUGGUUCAAGAAUGGAAAGCCAGUGACUUAUGCAAUGAAGCAGACCUCCUUUGAUCGGGGUGUGGCUCGAGAGCUGGUCCUGGUCCUGACAGCAAGUGACAACAUGGCUACCUUCCGCUGUGAUGCCACAAAUGAGGCAAAGAAGACUGUCUCUGCCCACACGAAGCUUUCGGUUCAAUUUACAGCAUUAAGUAUGACGAUCACAACCUCACAGGAGGAGCUUCGUCGGGGGCAGACGGUAACUCUGGAUUGCCAGGCUGGAAGCAGUAACCCCAAGGCCAACAUCUCCUGGAGCCUGGGCUUCCAAAGGUUCCAGGGAGUGGAGCAGCCACCCAGGGCGGCUCAGUAUGGCGGCGUUUCAGUGCUCAGUUCUUUAUCUCUGAAUCUGAGUUCACAGCAUCACAACCAGAAGGUCAUUUGCCAGGCCUACAGCCCUGUGCUCGUCGAGGGGACCAACACAUUCUUCAAACUCAACGUCCUUUACCCACCAGAGUUCAGCCCUCACCAGCCGACACACGUCCAGGUGGUGGAGGACGAAAUGGCAGCCAUUCCUCUGCUGGUCUCCGCUAACCCAGAGGAGGUCUCCUGUGUUUGGCUGCAUCGCAAGGAGUUGCUGGUCAAAGAGAGGAAUCUGCGCUACCACUGGUCAGACGAGUAUUCGCUGGAGAUCAAGAAUGUGACAAGGACAGAUGCAGGAGUUUACACUGUCAUGUGUGAAAAUCAAGAGGGUCUCAACCAAACCUCCAUCAUGCUCGAUGUUCAGUAUGCUCCGAGUGUAAAGGCAGAGAAAGAGCCAGUGUUUGUGAACAUGGGGGAAACAGCCGACCUGAUAUGUGUGGCAGAUGCCAACCCCAUCACACCUGACAUGUUCUCUUGGAAAUGGCUGGGAGAGGGGGAGGUGGAGAUGGGAGAGGAGACCCAGGAAGACGAAUCAGGCCUUCUGACCAUCCAUGAUGUGACUCGGGCUCAUGCUGGUAUUUACCAGUGCACAGCCAAUAAUGGCAUAGAACCCCCUGCCAGAGUAGAUGUGCAGCUGGUAGUGCAAUUCAAACCAGAGCUUCAGAAAGGAUCCCAGUGGAGGAAGGUAGGGAGCAGAGGGGAUGGCACCACGACAGCUGAGGUUGUGUGUCAGGCAGACGGUAUUCCUCGUGUCGACUUCUCCUGGGAAAAAAAUGGCUUACGCAUGGACUUUACAAACCCAAGGUAUGAGGAGCGGACCGUGAGGGAGGGCUCCUUCCAUACCAGCACAGUUCGAGUAGUAAAUGUGACUGCAGCUCAUGACUAUGCUGUCUUCAGCUGCACUGCUCUCAACGCACUCGGGGAAGACAAGCUAGACAUCCAGCUCGUCAGCACAAGUCACCCAGAUCCUCCCUCCUCAUUUCGCCAAGUCACUGUUACCCACAACUCUGUCACUCUGGAGUGGAUCCCUGGCUUCAAUGGAGGCUUGCGGCAAAGAUUUCGUGUAAGAUACCGCUGGGAUCAGUCCGUCAGUUUCCUGUACGUGGACGUCUUUCCUCCCAGAGCGACGACCUUCACUGUCACCGACCUGCAGGCGUCUACCACCUACAACUUCUCUGUCAAUGCCCUCAAUGCAAUGGGGGAGAGUGGCUAUGCUGACAACAAUGCAGUACUGACCAUCACCACCAAGGCGAGGCCAGAAGUGGAGGAAAUCCCAGCAGAUGAUGACUCAGUCUCACAGAAUGCAGGAGAGCUUCCAGUGUAUUUGACCGUGGUCUUUACAGUGGUGUUUGGAGUCCUGCUGGUGUUGAACUCGCUGGGCUGCUUCUUUGGACACAGGUGGAAAAAGAGGCGAGGCCAGACAGGGGGUGGAGGAGGGAGUGUAUUGGAUGGAAAGAAGAAUGAGGAGGAGGAGUCCAGUCAGUCAACUAUGAACAACUCCAACAAGUAUGAGAGCAGAGAAAAGCUCAACGCCGCAGCCCAGCGCACCCUCCUCAUCGAGUCUGGAUCAGAAACAGACAGCAACGUCUAUGAGAGUUACGCAGCGGAAAGUUCCCACUUUUAUUAUUACCCCACCGUUGACUACAUGCCAGCUCUCAGUCCGCACCCUGAGGAAACACAAAGGCACGAGGCCGCCCACCACCCCGUGUAUGAAGAUGUAAGAGACAGGGGUCUGUACCAGGAGAUCACGGCGUCCUCUGCUCCUUCCUCAUUCAACAACAGAUUGCCUCAUCAGUGGAACAAUUGGAGAUCAUCAACAGACCAUCAGCAGGGUGCUGAGAGAGCCAGGGAUUCUGCAGAUGUUCAACAACUGCAGCAAGUUUCUGAUGUUCCCUUUGAACUGCGAGGCGAGUUGGUCUAGAGAGAGCAGGUCGGAGCAAACAAAUACGCCUUGACACACUCGAGACCCCGUGGUAGUCAUCAAGUACGGUGAUGCAGAGCAGAUAUUCAGCACAAUGUGAUUUAUUUUAUCCUUUUUAGUCAGCGUCUCGAGAGUGACCUUGACUGAACCUGUGCAUAGACCAUAACAGAGGGAGAGAGGUUUGAUGUGACAAUGUCAGAAAUUUCACAAUGACUUUAUGAACACUGAAUGUUUUCCUCAGAGGUUUGAGUUCAGCUUUAUUAAAGUAUGGCAAACUGAACAGACUGAAAAGAAGCAAGGUAGAAUGGCAGCAUGAUUUGAAAAAGAAAAAAAAAGAUUUGAAAGUCUCAAAUACGUCACACUAUCCAGCUCAUUUCCUCCUCCAUCUCCUGCUUCCUGGACCUUGAUCUGUUGUUUCACCUUUACCCUCUUUUUGGAGCCAAGUGCUCGUCAUUACCCACAGCCCUCCCCCUCCCUGUUUGGCCUGCAGUUAGACAUGAAUCAGUUUUAGUCAGAAGAACAUCACUGAGGCAGAAGCGGCGCAUCGUGCAGCUCACAAAGCAAACCAAGCAAAUAUCAUCAUUUUUAAACCAUCCCAACAUUUUUCAACGUGCACCCACACGAGAACCUGACAACAUCGCCCGUCCGUCCCCCUCGUGUGAUACAAAGUUUCGGAUCUCACGGUUAGUCCUUGGGAAUCCUGACAACAGGAUUGUACUGAGUGGUAUUUAGCAUGGUAAUGUCUUCAGAAGGUAAAGCCAUAUCUCGGGCCACACUCUAAUCCUGUUUUCUCUCAAAUUGAAGUUCAGUUCGCAACAUCAGCGAGAGAGAGGGAAACCAUAGAGAGAAUUUGUCUCAGUGGCUGUGGGCAGUCAGAGAGAGAUAGAGGCAGGAUGAGAGGGUUAGGCUAAGCUGCAGCUAUGGUUACGGCUACAAAAACAAAAUCUACUCUUCUUCGGUUUCAAGUAAAAAAAAGGGCAACAAUGAUUAUCUCUAUUGGUUAAAAACCAAAGUUGAUUAACGCAAGACUGCAAAUUGAAAACGAUAAAUUAAAAAAGCAAAAAUGAAAUCUAAGAUUGGUCCUCGAGGCCGGAGGGUCCUGCAGUAUUUUAGCUGUUCCUCAUCAGAUAUCUCAGAUGUUGUUCCUCUUCAAGUUUGGAGGUUACUGCCCCGAUGUUGCUGCCGCUUUGGAUCACUACAUCUAUCGCAAUUGCAUUUUUCGACCACCACGAUUUCCUGUUGGUAAUCCUUCCCCAUUUUAUCUGUCUAUAUCUGGUCGUCCCACAGGAUUUGAGUUCAUUCUGUCUAUCAUUCUUCCUGAUGUACAACUGGAUCUUUGUUUCAUCCUGGACAGUGGCUCUGACGCUCACUCGUUCUUUACAGUCUCAGGGUGCUGGACUUAGGAUGAAACCCUACACAGGAUAUACAGUGUAUACAUUGACACCAGCUGGAGAACACUCAGAGUACUGUAGUUCUACCUGUGUUAUUUUAAUAGGGUUUGUGUUCUCUGUGUUUUUGUGUAACUUCAUCUUUUAGUGUCCAGAGAUCAGAAACUUCCUCAAUGUUUCCUUGGUCCUUUUAGCUUCCUGCUUCAUUAUUGGGUUCUUAUUGCACACUGUUACGCACACGCCCUGCUUCUGCUUCCAGCUUCUGCUUUAUCCUCCAGCACAACAUUGGAGUCAUGAGUACACACAUGCACUCUUUACACUCAACACAUACAACAUUUUGUUCAAUAAGAACCCGCUUCUUUUCUUAUUGUGUCAUUACUGCUAUGGAAAUAUUUAAUUACUUUGUGUGAGAGAUGGCAUUAAAUCCUGAUGAAGUUGUUAGGUCCACACAUUUGUCUAACCUACAAAAUUCUGUUUCCUCAAUGGGGCCUGACUGCCUGGAGAUAAAUCUCAAUGUUUCACUAGGCUGCGUUCUCUCAAUUACACUCACUAUUCUCCAUCAUGAGCUGUCAAGGUGUGUUUGUCUCAUUACUGAGCAAUUGUUUAAGUUCCUGUCAAGCCGACUGCUGCGUUCAUACCAAAGACUGCUCAUGAUGCAUCGUCUCGGAUCAGGCGGGAGAGGUAAUCUGCUAAACUGAAGGCUUGACAGCUCAAUACUGUAUGACAACUUCUAUUUUUCCUCAUCUGUGUCAUGAACAUCUUGUGUUAAUAUGUUGUGUUCAUAAGAACCUGAAGGAAGCUCAAACACAGUGGCUGCAUGAGUGUGCAAUCACGUCAAAGAGAAACAAAUGAGACUUUAAUAACCUCAGCUCAGUUUCACUCCUCUCCUGGAUGUUUUUUUUUAAAAACAGAUACGAGAUUGACUAAUAUCACUUUAACAGGUUAUGCUACCAGUGGGGAGCUAACUCAAACUUAACUCGAAUAUCUGCGAACCGCUGUCAUUGCUCUCGUUUUUCAGGUUUUUGUGUUUUAAAGUUUUGAAAUCAGUUUUGAAAUGAUUUUACUGCCAGUUAUUAUGACUUAUGUCCUGUUUUUUGCACUGAGGAUGUGUCUUGCCCUUCAGUGUGGAAGAAAGACUGUUACAGAAUAAUUAACAGCAGUCAAUGAAAAAUAAGUGGGAGGCAAGAAUGCUAUGAUUCUUUGGGUGACGUUACUCUCCUGGUUUAAAGCUAAAUUCCUUUGUAUUUUUAUUUUUCAAAACCUGCUCUAACCUGGAUGUAUCUUUUAUAUUUACUAUUGAAAAACUCCACUGCAUGCCUGAAUUAUAUUUCCAAAUGUUUAUCUAUCUAUAUAUAAAUGUAAACCUGUAUCCAUGCACAAAAUAAUUACAUUGCCAAAAUAAAUGGUGUUGACUUGUAAGUUGC